GGAACAGGUGUGGGCGAGGAAAAAAUUGGCGAAGGCGGGGGCGGGGAUAAUAGAGCGGCGUCACGCGAGAGGGAAGAUUCAAAAUUUCGGGGGAAAUUUGGUGGCGCCGCCGGCGCGCGGGCGCCAUGAUUUUCCCCUCCCGUUUGUGCUGCCAAAUUUUCCGCAUUAAACAGCUUCCUUGACUCGAGAGCCACCCAGAAACGAGAAAUCCCCGCACAAGCCUUUCACACCAGAGCGGUUCGGCACUCCGUUUCAUUUCGAAUCUUAGAGCCGCCGCAACCUAGAUUCCCCCUUUCCCACUCCCAGCUCGUCGUCGGCCACUUGGGAUGGCCGCAUCACCGGAGAGGAACGGCUACCUCGGCAAGGAGAGCGUCGAGGUGCUGGAACCGCAGCCGCUGGAGGUGAUAGUGCCGGAGGUUAAGGCCAAGAAGCGCAACCCGGCGCCCGGAGUCCGGGUUGUUGGUCGCCGGAUCUACGAUCCCGAGAACGGCAAGACCUGCCACCAGUGCCGCCAGAAGACAACGGACUUCGCGGCGGCGUGCAAGCAGGUUAAGAAGAAGGGCCCGUGCCCAAUUAAGUACUGCCGCAAGUGCCUCCUCAACAGGUACGGCGAGAAUGCCGAAGAGGUGGCAGAGAAGGAGGACUGGAUCUGCCCCAAGUGCAGGGGCAUCUGUAACUGCAGCUUCUGCAGAAAGAAGAAGGGCGAGAUGCCAACAGGGAUAAUGGCCCACAUCGCCAAGGCUUCGGGAUGUACUUCUGUCCAUGAUCUCCUUGAAAAGGGGUCAGACGUGGUGGCUGCUGCGCAAGCGAUACUCAAGGUGAAUGGUAGUGACAAGCAUCAGGGCACAAAGAGGUCCCGAGAUUCAGAUGCUGCUGAUGAGGUGGCUGCUGAACGGGAUGAAAGUGCUGGCAUUGAUCUCAAUACAUUUCCAGGAGAUGAAGGGGAUGAAAAUAUAGGCGUUGAUCUCAAUGCACGUCCUUCUGUCUGUGUCAAGAAAGGGCGGAAGCUCCAGCACAGUGUAAAGAAGAAUUCUGCUGAUGAAAGGUCCCAUGAUGGAGACAGUGGUGAACCAUUGCUGAGGGAUAAGAGCCCAGUUCUCAAUAAUAACAUUGCACUACCCAGGGGUACUCCGGUCACUAACAUUGCAGGUGCACAGCUUGAUGAUGAGGAUAUUGGGGCUGCAAUUCAGUUUCUAGAAUUCUGCCGCACAUUCGCUGAGAUUUUUCAAAUAAGGAAAGGACAAUCAGAAAGAAUUCUUCAAGAUGUAGUUGGAGGUCGUGAACUUCGGUUGGUAUCCUCAGUUGUUGCUGAGUUUCACAUGAAUUUGUUAUCUGUCAUUCAAGAAGGAAAGGGGAAGAAGCCUCUGGCUUAUACAAGAGAUGGAGAUGCAUGGGUAAUUGAUGUUGGCAAAUAUAUCAGUGAAUCGGCAUUUAUAUCAAAAGAAUUGCCUCUCGACUGUUUAAAUCAGGGAGUAUCAGGAUAUAAAAAUUUGAGCCCUUCUUGUAAGCUGCGUGUUCUGAAUUUUCUGUGUGAUGAGACCCUCUCCACAGACAAGUUGAGGAACUGGAUUGACAUGCAAAAUGAUGUAGCUGCUGAACCAAUGAAUGCUGCCAGAGAAAAAGCCCGCGCCGCAAAAGAAAAGGAAAAAGAGCUAAAGGAAAGGCUAAAGGGCAACAUGGAUAAAACAAUGCUUUCAUCCAAUGAAGCAGCAGCCCUUAGCAGUGAAGAAAAUAAGGACCUUAUUUCCCAAAUAAAGGAGGCACAGGAAGUCAAGCGUACAGCCAUAAAUUAUAUGGCGGCAAUGGAGAAGCAGGGAAGUCUUUGGACCAAGCCUCUGAUGGUAGAGAAAGGGUUAGGCUAUUGGAAGCUAGAUGGCUACUGUAAUAGCACAACAAUAUUACUUCAAGAGUAUGGUGAUCAUGAGUUAAUGGCAAAUAAAGACAAGUGGUUUAUGUUUACUGAAGAUGAAGAGAAAGUAAUAGAAGAACAUAUAGCAAGGUCCAGACAUCAGAUGAGAAAGCGUAUCCGGGUAUAAUGUACUGAUUUCAGUCUCUGGCCUGUUCAACGUGCUGAAGGUGGAUGGGCUAUGCCUGCCUUAGUUGAAGCCUGCCGCCUUGAUCAUAAAUCGAUGGUUUUUUUUUUUCCAUAGAAAGGUUGUACAGGUAGACAGGAACCAAGAAUUUGAAAUCAGACUUGGAAUCAUACUUUUGGAGGAUGAGAACAAAGGGAUGCUUUGAUAUGCAGUUCGACUUAGAAGCUUUGCAGAGUGCUGCUUUAAGCUAAAAUGCAGCAUCGUAACUUGAAUGUGGCAACAAUUACACCUGUAAUUAGUUGUCUUCUAAUAUGUAGCAACAACUGAUGACCGAUAUGGAUUUGUCUUUAUUUUCUUAAUAGGUAAACUCAUCUGCAAUUCAUGUUUGCUAAUUUUAGAUACUCCGUCCAUCACUGAAAAAGGUUAUUGUGAUUUAAAAUUUAUCCUAUAAUUCUUAUCA